AUGACUUUCUCUUCUAUUGUCAUGUACCCCAAUAAUCCCGACAUCCAGUUCGAUGAGCCCUACUACAUGAAAACCCACAUGCCCCUCGUUGAAGCCACAUGGAAGCCCCAUGGCCUGAUCAGCUGGAAGGUCACCAAGUAUCCCACCGCGUUCGAUGGCUCGCGAUCUGAGUUCCUGAUCAUGGCCACCCUCGAGUGGGAGAGUGAGGACUCCUUGAAGGCUGCUCUGCAGGCCCCUGGCACUGUGGAGGUGUUCGCCGAUAUCCCCAACUUCACCAACUCGAAGCCCGUCACUCUGGCUGGUUCUCAACUUUAA